CGUCCUCAUCGUCGUAGCUGGUGCUGCCCGAUACUGCCCGUUUUUGAUUAGAAAAGCGCGGGUACUCUAUAUUCUUGAACCUGGCAGAGAGACUAUGCUGUAGCAAAGAUGCAGCGCGAAUACAUCAGGCGUGGCUUCACGAUUAGCCAUCAAAAGGUUGUUCUCGAGAUAGACUUUUCUGGGGGUGCUUGGGGCUACACAGAGAUCACCAUUGUGCCCUACAGCGAGAAUCUGAAGACAAUCCAUCUUCAUUCGCGGCAAUGCUAUAUUCAUUCGGUUACUGUCGCGUCACAACCCGCGGACUUCAUCCAUCAUGAUCCUCUCUCCUCCCUAAACAUUUCCAACCCGGAUUGCCACAAUCACCCCGAGCUGAAGAGGAGGGUGUACUCGGCCCUGCAAGAAGGCGAUGAGGGUGAACUCUCCAUCGCACUUCCCGCUGGGAUAAAGAUUGGGGAAGGGAAGUCAAAUUCAUCUCUCAAUGGGGGUGUCGUCAGCGAAGUGGGAACCCCAGAACCGCAGACUCCAGGGCCAUCGGCUCACCGCGCCAACAAUGUCGUUAAGGAGUACGCGCCCCUUACCGUGAAGAUAUUUUACAGCCUGCGCAAUCCCGCAGAGGGUCUGCAGUUCGUUCUUCCAUCCGAUGCGUACCCCUUUCGCGUGCCGCACGUUUAUACUUCUCCGACGUGCCCGGAUGCGGCGAGGUGUUGGGUGCCUUGUGUGGAUAACCUCUGGGAGCGGUGCACUUGGGAGUUCGAAUUCGUGGUUCCAAAAUAUCUGGAGGAGCCGACGUCUGGUUCGGAAGACGACGGCCAAGAGGGGUCUCAAGGAGAGCAUCCUACCGUUGUAGUAUGCAGUGGAGAGCUGGCAGAACAGGUCUCGCAUCCGCACAACUCGAACAAGACCAUCUUUCUGUUCUCGCAGACGGUGCUCACGUCCGUUCAGCACAUUGCCUGGGCAGCGGGCCCGUUCCACGUGCACCCCAUUCCUGCCGACCAUAACGCUUCUGAGGAUCCUUCCGGCGUUGCGCAACCACUCAUGCAUGCGUUCUGCCUCCCCGGAUACGAAUCGCAGCUGGUCAACAGCGUCUCGUUCAUCCGCUCUGCGAUGAACUUCUACUCCACGGAGUUCGGGUCGUACCCUUUCGGUUCGUAUAAGAUGGUUUUUGUCGAUGACAUGCCGCAGCCGCGAUCAGACAGCGCGACGCUGUCUCUUAUUACUGUUGACUUACUCCAUGGGGAUGACGCCAUUGAUCAAGUAUACGAAACUCGCCAUUCGCUGAGCCAUGCUUUGGCGUGCCAAUGGGUCGGCAUCAAUAUCCACCAGAAGACGUGGUCGGAUACUUGGCUUGUGAACGGCCUGGGGUUGUAUAUCUGUGCGCUUUUCCUUCGGAAGCUGAUGGGCAAUAAUGAGUACCGGUUCCGCAUGAAGAAGGAUUGCCAGAGAGUACUCGAAUAUGACAAUGGGUCUAUGCCUCCAAUUUGCCAGCCAAAUAAUCCUGAUCCGCCCGAUGCUGCCCUGCUGCCCUUCGUCAACCUCAAGGCCCCUCUGGUUCUACACAUCCUCGACCGGCGCCUCUGCAAAUCCGGCACAUCGCUCGGCCUGUCGCGCGUACUGCCAAAACUCUUUCUGUCCGCGAUCAGCGGCGAGAUGGCGGCGAACGCGCUGUCGACGCACGCGUUCCUGCGGAUAUGCCGCAAGGUGAGCGGGAUGGAGCCGCGCACGUUCGCGGACCAGUGGAUCUACGGGAGCGGGUGCCCGACGUUUGGUUUUUCGGCGUCGUUCAACCGGAAGAAGAUGGCGGUGGAGAUUAGCAUGCGCCAGGAGGCGCCGGCGUACCUCGCGGCGGGCGACAAUGAGGUGAUGAAGACGCUGAUGAAGCCGGUGCCGUUUUUUGAGGGUCAAAUGACGAUACGCAUACAUGAGGCGGACGGGACGCCGUAUGAACAUGUGUUGGAUAUUAGGAGCCCGUUCAAGCGGUAUGAGGUGCCAUUUAAUACGAAGUAUAAGCGCGUACGGAGGAAUACCAAGCGGUAUCUCGCGAGGCAGGCGGCCGCGCAGGCUGCAGCGGAGGGCGACCAGGACGCGGCUGAAGCUAUGGGGCUGAUUGAUAUGGGCUUUGGCCUGGAGAUUUGGGAAAAGGAGAAUGAGAGAGAGAACUGGAAAGUUGUAGACUGGACGGAGGAGGACGAGCAGCAGAUGUCGGGUGCGACGUACGAGUGGAUACGCAUCGACGCGGAUUUUGAGUGGAUUGCGGCUAUUGCUUUUGAGCAACCCGAUUUUAUGUGGGUGUCGCAGCUACAGCGGGACCGCGAUGUCGUUGCGCAGUUGGAGGCCGUUGAGGCGCUCGCGCGGCAGCCUACGGCUGUUGUUUCGAGUACGCUGACGAAGACGGUGCUCGUGUCGAAUUAUUUCUUCCGUAUUCGGUGCGAGGCGGCGGCGGCUUUGGUUACUUGUGCUGUGUCGAGAUUGAAUUUCUUGGGGUUAUUCCAUCUGUUGAAGCUUUUCUUGCGGUAUUGCUAUGAACCGGAAGAUCAGAAUCAGGAUCUUUUCCAGUACACUUACGUACCGAAGCCAAACGACUUUUCUGACAUUGCAGAGUACUUCGUGCGGAAGAGCAUCCUGAACGCAAUAUCGAGGGUCCGGUUAGAGGAUGGCAAGACGCCGGCAAUUAUCAGGAAGUUCCUGACCGACCAGUUGCGUUAUAACGACAAUACGGCGAACCCGUACCACGACGCAUUCUACAUUUGCAAUAUCAUAUCGGCACUCGCUUGUGCUACGGUUUCGGUUGCGCCUCCGGAACGUGGGGAGCUUCUUCAGACGGAGUCGAAGGACUAUUCGGAGGAGGACAUUCGUCUGAUGAAGGAUGCGGUGGCGGAGGUUGAUCGUUAUCGGAGUAUGGAUCGCCUGAUUCCGUCUCCUCAUAACGUGGUUACUGUCGCGGCUUUAGAGUUCUAUAUGGUGCUUGCCAUGGCAAAUCUCAUUCCGAACGAUGCGCGGGUGUACUUCCCGCUCACUCGCGAAGGCAACGGAACCCAAGUCCGCAUUGCCGCGUUCGACGGAUUAUUCCUUACCAAAUGGUACACGCCGAAGAUCAUGGCGUACAUCCUGGCGGUUAUGGCGCACGACUCUUGCCGUGUCGUUCGGCGGCAUGUGGCGAGAAAUGCAGUGCAGAGCCUGGCUUUGCUUGUCGCUAUGGGUGAAAUGAAGUCGUCCUUGAAGGAGACAGAGUCGUUGCUAAUCGAGGAGGACGGGGCUACGCCGGAGAAAGUGAAAGAGGCAAAGAAGAGCGAGGUUGAUUUGAUGAUCAAGAUCCUGCGGAAGGAUAGGGAGGUGGGGAAGAACGAGGCUUUGCGUGAAUACCUCAUGCCGAUUGCCUUGGCGCCGGAUGCGGACCAAGAGGUUCGAUGGUGCCUGCUAAAAAUGGCUGACCUACUUGUCCGUGGUGCGGAGGAGGCGCCGCCGAAAGUUACGAUUUAUCUGCCACCGACGCCGGUCGUGGAGCAAGCACCUCCGCUCCCGACAGUCAGGGUACCUCUGAAAUCCCAGCGCACGCUGAAGACGACGAGUAGUGCUCCAAAGAUUACCCUGCCCACCAAGGCUGUGUUGUCCCCAAGCACGCCUGGCCUUGAGACUCCUAGGGUUGCUAAUGCUGGCGUGAACGGUCAACGAGCUAUAUUUGCCCAGCCUGCGGUAAAGGGCAAGAAGGGCGCCGUGGUGAAUGGAAAGAAGGAGAAGAAGGCACCCGCAGCGCAAGCUGCUGGCAUGAGUAUCAACGACCUCCGCGCGUGCCGGAACGCGUUGCAGAAGCUUAGGGGAUAUAAGCACGCGCCGCUGUUCCUCCAGCCCGUCGAUCCAGUGCGAGAUAAGGCCCCUAAUUAUUUCGAGAUUAUCAAGAAUCCAAUGGAUCUCAGUACCAUGGGGGCCAAGCUGGAGGCGGGGCAGUAUCACGAUCGAUUCGCCUUUGAGGCUGACUUCCGGCUGAUGAUCUCGAAUGCGAAAACGUACAACGUCCAGGGGUCAUAUGCCUACAAUGAAGCGGUGGCUAUGGAGUCCUUCUUCGAUAAACAAUGGGCCAGAAUCAAUAAGACGCUCGAGGCUGCUGACAAGGCUCACCAAGCGCAACCGUCCAAAGUGGAACCGGAGGAACCACCAGCCGUCCCUCCUGUGGCGUUACGUCCGCCAGUGAAACGCCCCGUUGACCUACCAGCUGCACCUCCUGUGCCAGCCAGACCCACCAUCAAGCUGAAAGUCGGUGGAGGUAGUGCUGCGCCGAAGGCUCAGGGCGAGCCUUCGACCCCUGCCGCCGCACCUACACCAAAGGUCAAGGGGCGGAAACCCAAAGUACCCGCUGCUCCACCAGUACCCUCAGCUCCUGAUGUCGACGACGAGCUGCUCGAGGAGGUCAUCGCGAUCGAGCGGGAGAAGGGCGAGCGGCAUCCGCCGCCGGCGGAGGUGAUGACCACGCCUUCGUCGUCCAAGCGGAAAGCACCCCACCCGGCUGCUGAGGAGGAUGGGGAGGAAGAGCUGUUGGCCCUGGCCACGCCCGAGAAGAAGCAGCGGUCGUCUCCCAACGAGGAGGCUGCUUCCGGGCUGUCGCCUGUGCCGGAGAAAGUGACCGAGAGGCCCAAGAAUGCGGGCACGAAGCUGACUCUGAGUGUCAAAAAGACCAAGAAGCCUGCCCCUCCUGCCCCUCCACCGGCUGAACCGUCUCCUGCGAAAGCCUCUACAAAGGGCAAGGAGAAGGAGAAGCCGAAGGAGGCUGUACCUACACCUACGCCUGCGGCUACUACUGCUCCGGCAACCCCAGCGAAGCCUAGCAAAACAAAGAAGCCGUCCGCGACGCCGGCGCAGCCCACGCCCAUUAACGAGAAGAGGUGCCGAGAGAUAUUGAAGACAUUGCUCAGGAUGCCGGAGGCGCUGAUUUUCUCUCGCCCUGUCGACCCAGAGCUCGAUGGGUGCCCUACGUACUACGACGAGAUUGAGCAUCCGAUGGAUCUGGGUACUAUGGAGAAGAAGCUUAAGGAGGGGAAAUAUUUGACCAUGGAAGAGUUCCAGGCGGAUAUGGAGCUUAUUUUCAGUAACUGCCGGAAGUUCAAUCCGCCGACGACUUAUCCGGUGAACUGUGCCGAUGCCGUCGAAAGGGCGUUCAAGAAGGAGUGGGCAAAGGCCACCGAGAAGCGUCUGAGCUGGUCAGAGAAACGGUCGUUACAGGCUUUCAUGAAUAAGCUGGUCGCUGAGGACGUCUCUUGGGUGUUCCGAGAGCCCGUCGACCCGGAGAAGCUCGGUAUACCGACCUACUUCGACGUGAUACCGCGCCAUCAAGCCCGAGACCUGCGGACUAUCCGCCAGAAGCUCGACGCGGACAAGUACGAUUCCAUCGAAGCGUUUGAGGCAGACUUGGACCUCAUGAUCCGGAACGCAAUCACGUUCAACGGUGCCGAUUCUGAGGUAGGCAAGAUUGCCGUGGUGGUCAGGAAUCGGUAUAGGGAGCUGCUGUCCAAUGUCAAGAUGCAGGCGGCGAAGAAGAGAAAGGAGACGGAUACUAAGGGGGGGAGCGCGACGCCGCAGCCGGUCAACAAGCGGGCGAAGAUUGCAUAAGGCGAAGGACUAUUGGUACUGUAUAUUGUAAUGCUAGUGUUGUAUUUUUGUAUUGCUAUCUUAUUCGCGGCUGCAUACACCUCUUAUUGAGCUCGACACACCG